GGCAGAAAGCGCCACACACGCCGGUGGUGGCUGCCCUCCUCAGCCAGGAGGUGGACACGGAGCGGUGACAAGCAGCCCACUGGGUUCACUCAACCAGCACUCACGGUACAGCGGGUCUAGAACACUCCUCGCAUGGCGUAGGCAGGGGAGUGGGCAGUGAGGAGGAGGAGGAGGGACAGAAGGAGUGCGAGCGAGCGGCAGGGAGGAACAUCGAGGGAGUUGAGUUGAGUGAGCAUUCUGUGAGAUAUAGCGAGUGAGUGGAGUGCGUCGGAGGAGGAGUAUCGAGUAGUGAGGGUAAGUGGAGUCGGUGAGAGAGGGGGGGGGGGAAGGUCAGUCAGGGAGUGGAGUGAGUCGAGUGAGCGGUGGUGGAGGGAAGGCGAAGGAGCGGAGUGCGUCGGCGGAGGAGUGAGCAGUAGGAAGGGAAUGUGAAGCGAGUGAGCGGUAAGGAGGGGAAAGGUGAGAGCCAGCAGAGUUAACAUCGGAUGAGUGAGUGAGCGCUAGGGGAGGGUGGGUGAGUGAGGCAGCGGAGUGUACGCAGUGAGCGAGGGGAAGAAGCUGAUCACAUUGGCUCCACGUGACUCGGGCUAGUAGUAGUCGUCUCGUAGACGCGGCAGAGUAGCAAGCCAGGGGACAUGGCCUCCUGGCCGCCUUGUCCCUUGGUGCUGGGCACAGUCGCCGAGCAGGACGUGUCUUCCCGGCGGCCCAAGAUGAAGCGACGAAGACGGAGACGCUCGCGAAGGAAAGGCUCGGGCAGCGUCAAGGAAAACUACGCCCUCUCCGAUGGCGAGGAGACUCACCCACCUCCACCGUCCACCCUUUCUGCAGAAGUCGCGCCGGCCGAUUCGGUCAGCAACCCAAGUUCCAGCAUCACCUCGCCCUCAAGUUCUACCGUUUCACUUCCACCUCCCCCUCCUCUUCCUUCUCCGUCGAAGGACAAGGGGGGCGCGAGGCAGGCACCGGCUGCCACAGUGGUGCCUAAGAUCCGCGUGGCUGGGAAGGCCAGCGGCAGGAGGAGGAGGUGGAAGCUGCGGCGGACCUGCAGACGGAGGCGUCACGCGCUCCAGUCCGCGCUUCCGUUCUGCCCACCACCCAAGUCGGCGCUGUCGCACCUCAACGAGCUGAGGCCGGGACUCAGCUUUCAGCUGGCAUCGCACACGGGUCCUCCCCAUGCCCCGCGCUUCACGCUCGCCGUCGAGGUCAACGGUACCACCUUCGUCGGCGCCGGCGGGAGCAAGCGCGAAGCGAAGCGUCGGGCGGCCGAGCGGGCGCUUCGCUCCUUCGUGCAGUUCCCGGACGCGUGCGAGGCUCACCGCGCCAUGGGCCCCGCCGCGAGCCUGCCGGCAUGCUUGGACUUCGCGUGCGACCCCUGGGACCCGAGCUGCUGCGACCCGGCGCGAGGCCUCGCCGACGACGGCCCGCCGGAGUUCGCCGACAAUCGAGACGAAAACUCGCAGAGUGCGGCGAGGACGGAGCCCAGGAGCUGCCCUCCAGGGGAACUCCACGUCAACCCGACAAAGUCUCCCUGCUGCUCCUCCUGCUGCUGCGGCUGCAGCGGCUACUGCCGCCGUUUUACAAGUUUGCCAGCUCACAGCGAUGCCAAUUGCCUCCUCAAAGAUUCGGACGCCGCGGGAACUUUUGUCCGACCGGCUCCCGCCGGAGCGUACGGGCGGCAUCCGGGCCACGACUCGUGUGGUUUACCGCAGCAGAGUCCGCACCGAGCGGCUCCCUGCAAGCGUUCGCUGACCAGGGUCCUGCAGCCGGGCCGACCGUCCGGCGACUUGCACCUCCUUCCGCACCCCCUCCUGCACCGUCCGCGCAGGACGUCUAAAGCGGAGCCCUACAAGAGAUCUGCGAUCAGCCAUCUCGGUUCAGUGAUGCCUCAGACUGGGGGCAGGAAGGCUGGCGUGCCUAUCGAUGGCCAGGGCUGCGUGAAGAGCCCGCAGCUGAGCGUGAAGGCAUGUGCUUUCCGGUAGAUCACAGCUAAUGUGUGCAUUGUGGGUCACCAGUUGUUAUAAGGAGAAUCCUCCCUGCAGACAAAGCGAGGUGACCUGCAAAGAAAAACGAACGAUCCUCUUGACUACUCUGUCUCAUGGGCUCUCAUUUGUUCGGCUUUACAAAUAGUAGAAGAAGAUUAUUAACAACUGGUUGGCACAUUAAUUUAACAACCCCACUUCGGUUUGAUUCAUUUCCACGAUUGAGGGUCACGUUUCAAAAAUACUUUUUUUUGUCUCCAUUUAAUCAUCUUGUUAGUGUUGUUUCUCUUUCUUUCUAUCUUGUUUGUAGAGUUGCGUUUGCCUAAUUAGCAUGUAGCAUGUAGCUUGUAUACACAUCUAAAUAAAUCAUAGUAAAUAAAUUCCCACAAGUGUGACAAUGUAUGUGAGAACGAACAUAUACAAUUUUCUUGUCUAAUAGAUAUGAUCAGUUUUCUUCAGUGGGAAUCGCUUGGUAUUGUUCACGGAACUCCGAAUCGUUGCAAGUGGACCACAGCACAGGCGUAACCCGUGUCACCAGCUCCAUGGAUUGCGUGGGAGAUGUCGCAGUGAAAUCGCGUGGUGAGCUUCUUCAGCCAACCCUUCUGAUACCCCUCCCCCAUCCCCCCCCCCUUCGCCUCCUCUCCGUGACAAAUAAAAUUUACUGCGGCCCUUCUUGUUGGCAGUCGCCCGAAGAGAGACCACCCCGCUGAAAUGACGUAACCUGCCACGGGACGAGAGCGAGGGGGUGAGAGAAAAUGAAUAUUUGAACAAACAAGAUGAUGGUGACAGACUGUCAUCGUUCGGGUAAUCGCCGAGGUGGUAGAAAUCGGGUGCGGGGGUGGGGUGGAGAAACAAACAACAAUUAGGAACAAUCCCUGACGGGGAGCGGAGGGAUGCAAUCCCCAUCGCUGGGCUCCCAGGGGCAGCAAUAACGAGACAGCGCAGCAGGCCCGGGUGCCACUCGUUACCUGAGAUGAUGUACUACUUACCCCUGCCCACCUGUCUGUUUCGUGCCACCUUAUGUGUGCCCUUUGUGUAAAGCGCUUUGCAAACAUUUUUUUUUCUUCUCUCCUGAUUUUGUAUUCUUCUGAAACGGCACGCGCACGAGGGAUGGUACAAAAAAAAUGUUUUAUGACGGCGAUGCUGAAAAAGUCGCAGAGGGUGUGUGUUCUUGUACUUUAUUUAUCGUAUAUCCAUAAAAUGUUCGGCCUAAUAAGCUAUUAUGAUGGCGCAUUGUUACGUACGAACCAUAAAAUAGAUUUAGCGGCUUGGUGCGCGCAGGCUAAUGUAGUGAGAUGUACUGUAAGCUUCCAAUGUGUAAGUGUACGCUGUACCUCUUUAAUAUACUGUUUACAGCACUAUGUGAUCGGUCCUUUGUGUACAUUUCAAGCAGUCGCUUGAGGUUUGACCCUGGUUGUCGGCAAGGGACCUUACCAAGGUAUUGCUUCCAUGCCAGAAGGGGGAUCCAUGAUUUAGUUAAAACAUAUUUACUAGUGAUGGCAUGGUGGGCAGAGUAACGGCAAAGUGGCUGCAGCACUGCACUAUAAACAUAGCACCUGAGUUUGAUUCCCAGCUAUGGCUAAAAUCAGUGAUAAGUGGUAAUUGAAAUGGGCCUGGUGCACUCCUUUUUUUUCCCCAAAUCUGCACUGACCGCCUUGGCAAAAUAUGGUCAAACAACUCCCAUUACCAACAUGACAUGGGGAGGCCUUCAUCCAGCAGUCAAUUGGUAAGGGCGGGGGUGUACAUUAUAUAUUGAUGUCAUGGCAAUGAUGCUGAUUAUAAAUUCCUAAAUAAUGACACAGAUCACUUUUGGGACGCAGGCUGUUGGUAAAAAAAAAUACAUCUGUGUGAGUGGACAAAAAUACAAAUGGUUAACAGAGAAAAGUGAGAUUCCAAAUCUAACGAUGCGCCUUGCUCACCUCUUAUAAUCUCACCUUCCUUGGUGAGCCGUGCACUUUUUUUCCCAUUGUAUGUUGAACAAUUCACUGGAUUUACUCUCAUUGAAGACAGUCUUAACUCUGAUGUGGUUAUCAGCUGCAUGCGUGACAGGUCUGUAGACGGGGGAGGGGGGGGGGGCUGGAUGGAUAUGUCUGGAUAGCACAAAGCGUUCGUAAUUUUUUUUUCUGUGAGACUGUCGUUCCCUUAAAAUAUAAAGCGGCACCAGCGUUGUCAAUUUGUUCUCAAGCACUGCAGGUUUUUUUUGCUGUUUUCUUUCUGUGGCGGGAGUUAUUUAGUAGGCUAUUGAUCGUGCUUAUCGGCUGAGCCAGUGGUUAUAGCUCUCUGUGGUAGAUUGUAAAUCAUUGCCAUGAGUUGACAAACCAUAUAGUAGUGCAUUAGCUUACUGUGUACUGGGUGUGCGCUGUAUAAUUUUGCUUUAGAAACGGAUGUCCUAAUUAUAGACCCCACAUCAGCUUAGCCAAGGCUAACACUGAAUGGCCAAUUCAAAGCAUGGCUGACAGUACUGUAGUUGACAUAUAAUUAAAUAAAAAAUAUACUUUUUAAAAUAUGGUUUAGCUGUAAUCAAUUGGUGUUUUCUCCGUCGGGGCUAUUGUAAUGAUCCGUUGCACCCUAUAGUUUGGACGGUAUGGAAUAAAAUGACAAAAUACCUUUG